GAACUUUACAUUCACUUCAUUUUGCAAGGAGCCACGCAAGAUGUUGGUGCUGUUUGAAACGGCGGCAGGCUAUGCCGUCUUCAAGGUCCUCAGUGAAAAGAAGCUCAAGCAUAGCGAAAACCUUUACCUGGACUUCCAGAAUCCAGAAUCGGCUGCAAAGAUAGUCAAGUUGAAGCAUUUUCAAAAGUUCAAAGAUAUGACGGAUGCUUUAGCUGGAGCUACAGCAGCAGUAGAAGGGAAGAUAAGCAAGACCCUGAAGAAGGUACUAAAAAAGCUUGGAGAUGUACAAGAAGAUUUGGCUGUAUCUGAUGCAAAACUUGGCAGUCUUAUCAAGGACAAAUUCCAGUUUUCAUGUGUUUCAAAUUCCGCUAUACAAGAGCUGAUGCGUUGCAUUCGAUCUCAAAUGGAAAGUCUUAUCGUCGGCUUACCUGAUAGAGAAUUGUCUGCCAUGUCUCUUGGUCUUGCACACAGCCUUUCCAGGUACAAGCUGAAGUUCAGCCCAGACAAAGUUGACACCAUGAUUGUACAGGCAAUUUCGUUGCUUGAUGAUCUGGAUAAGGAACUGAAUAACUACAUCAUGAGAGCUAGGGAGUGGUAUGGUUGGCAUUUCCCUGAGCUCACAAAGAUCGUUACAGACAACUUUGCCUUUGCAAGAACAGUCAUUGCUAUUGGUGACAAAGUGAAUGCAGCCAAGUGUGAUCUGUCCAAAAUACUACCUGAAGAGGUUGAGCAGGAGGUGAAAGAUGCUGCAGAAAUUUCCAUGGGAACAGAGAUAUCAGAAGACGAUAUAAUGAACAUAAAAUUCCUUUGUGAACAGGUGAUUGAAAUUUCAGAAUACAGAGCCAAGUUGUAUGACUACUUAAAAAACAGAAUGAUUGCCAUAGCUCCUAAUUUGACUGUCCUCGUUGGUGAGCUGGUUGGUGCUCGACUUAUAUCUCAUGCAGGGUCAUUGCUGAACCUGGCCAAGCAUCCAUCCUCUACUGUUCAGAUUCUUGGAGCGGAAAAGGCCUUGUUUCGUGCUCUGAAGUCCAAGCAUGAUACCCCUAAAUAUGGUCUUAUUUACCAUGCAUCUUUGGUUGGCCAGACAACAGCCAAGAACAAGGGAAAGCUUUCUCGGAUGCUGGCAGCAAAGGCAGCACUUGCUAUCCGAGUGGAUGCAUUAGGGGAAGGAACAGACUGUGAACUGGGAGAAGAACACAAAGCUAAGUUGAUGAUGAGAAUGCAGCAAUUGGAAGACAAAUCGGCAAGAAGAAUUAGUGGAACAGGAAAGAUGCAGGCCAAAUGGGAGCGAUAUGAAAACAAAAGCCAAGUUUUCACAUACAACACUGCAGCUGAUUCAACCCUCCCAAGUGUCUCCAAAAAGAGAAAGUUGGUUGAUGGUGCUGAAGAAAGACCAAGCAAACUAUUAAAGAUAGAACCUGUUGAUGGAGCUGGAGAUGCAUCUGCUGUUGAGCCUGCUAAAAAGAAAAAAAAGAAGCACCAGGAGGAGGAUGCAGAUCACAUUCCUGACUUAAAUGCUUCUCAGACAUCCUCAGAUGCCACUGGGGAGAAAAAAAAGAAGAAAAAGAAAAAGAAGCAUGCAGAAGACACAGAUGAUUGAAGUGGAAGAAUGCUGAAUUUGAUUUGCUUCUGUAAAUGCCAUAUAUAAAAAACAAAUAUGUAGUGUAAGAGGAGCUGAAUGCAGAGUGAAUGGUUGGGUAAUAAAGCAAAUGGUUUUAUAUAUAUUGUGUGUAUGUGGUAUAUUUCAAGGUUUGGUAUAUUGAGCAAAUUCAGUGAGUGGCUGAGAGAAUGAUGACACUUGUUGACUCUUUGCAUGGUUGUGUAUAUAAGGAAAUCAUAUUGUUUCCUGACUAAAAAAAAAAAGUGGGUGAACUCCGCUGUCUGUACAACAUGACACCUGGUCACAUGUGAUGUUUCUGACUGCAGGGUUGAAUACACUGACCACAGGAGAUUUUGUUGCACAUGUACAUAUUUAAAAAAAAAAGUGUUUAUCAUUGUCUCAAGACCUGUAUAAUGCAGAUUAGUUUUGGCAGCAUGUAUAAGGCAGAGAAAAAAUAAAAAUGCACUUCAAACCUUGUAAAUUUUAACUGUAUCAAAUAUGCUGGCUCUCAUUUGGUACACAACUUCGUGUAGUAAAGCUUUUCAGAAAAAAAAAA